UCAACACUCCAGGAAGACGGGAGGGGGGAAAAAGUGGCUAGAAAAGUGUUGAGUAUUCUUGCAGAGGAGGGACGUCACAGCCCGAACACAGACGGCAGAAGUAGGAAUAGGAUCAUACCAAGACAGGAGAGAGAAGUUCAAUCUGUCACAUCAAAACAUACAACAUUACAAGCAAAAGGACAAAGUGGAUUCCCGAUGCGACUCGUUAGGGAAUAUCUGAAUGAUAAUAAAUAUUAUGUAUGCAUCGUGACCAGUCGCUGCCAUAAAGGGUCCGGGCUGAAAACAAGGGACUGAUUAUGGUUUUCCGUUCUUCCCCCUCUCUUUCUCUCCAACAAAUCGGCGGAGGUUUUGCGCACAACCGGGAGGUGCCGCUGACUGACGGCAGGAGGGAAUGAAAGUUUGCCAGGCGGGCGGAAUAUUUUUCGACGUAAACACUUCUUGUUUUGGACACCAGGACUGCGCAUUUCAAUUCUGUACACAUUGCAGAAUCUUCUAAAAAAUGUGGACAUUCACUUAGCCGAGCAGUGACAUCGAAAUCCACACAGAAAUCCUGUUUAAGGCGUAUGCGUUGGUCGCGGCGUGACAUGACGGCAGUGGCAGAUUGACGCGGAUAUCACGAGCGCCGCUGUUUGGGAGCUCGGCUUUUUGACUUGUCGCGAAGUUCUGCCUCUCGAUUGACCUAUUUUGAGAUAUAUAUACGGCUCGUGUAUAUAUAUAUAUUAAUAUACUGUUUGUGACAGAGGUACGCUUGGCUUAAUUUACGCAGUGCUGCCAAAAUGAGUGCAGAGACGGAGCGCAGUGUGGCACAUCUGACUCAAGCUCGUGUAAAUGUUGCCAUGCAGUCUUCAGGAUUAUAGGCUCAACCCCAGCCUUUAUCAUCGAUAAAUGCUCGCUAGGCAUUUCUCUGUGUUUUCCGGCUAACGUUCGCCUGAAGAACCGGGUCACUUGGCCUCAAAGAACCUUUUGUUUUCCGGUAAAAAGAAACAAACAUUUUAUGGUCAGAUAUCCUGCAGCUGUUGUUGGUUAAACUGGUUGAGGCGGGGACGAGCCAAAUGUUUCUCCAGGGACCUCACAAGUUUUUCUCAACUGUCCCUUGAAAUAAACAUUGUGGUAAAAAAACAAUAGCGCAGUCGUAUCUGCACUUUUGGAGUACCUAUUUUUCAUUUUCCUUUUUAGAAAUCUUGCAAAAAUGUCAGAAAACGCACCUACGCGGAGUCUGGAUGACAUCGACCUGGCCGCCCUGCGGGACCCAGCAGGAAUCUUCGAGCUGGUGGAGGUCGUGGGCAACGGCACCUACGGACAAGUGUACAAGGGUCGUCAUGUUAAGACUGGUCAGCUGGCAGCCAUAAAGGUCAUGGAUGUGACUGAGGAAGAGGAGGAGGAAAUCAAAGCUGAGAUUAACAUGCUGAAGAAGUACAGUCACCAUAGGAACAUCGCCACCUACUAUGGAGCCUUCGUGAAGAAGAGCCCGCCUGGACAUGACGACCAGCUCUGGUUGGUGAUGGAGUUUUGCGGUGCUGGCUCAGUAACAGACUUGGUGAAGAACACGAAGGGCAGCUCCCUGAAAGAAGACUGGAUUGCUUACAUCUGCAGAGAAAUACUGAGAGGUCUGUCUCACCUCCAUGCUCAUAAAGUCAUCCACAGAGACAUCAAGGGACAGAAUGUACUGCUUACAGAGAACGCAGAGGUUAAACUCGUGGACUUUGGGGUGAGCGCACAGCUGGAUCGUACAGUUGGUAGAAGAAACACUUUUAUUGGCACUCCAUACUGGAUGGCCCCUGAAGUCAUUGCCUGUGAUGAGAAUCCCGACUCCACCUAUGAUUAUAGGAGUGAUAUCUGGUCUCUGGGAAUCACCGCUAUAGAGAUGGCUGAAGGAGCACCUCCAUUGUGUGACAUGCAUCCCAUGCGAGCUUUGUUCCUUAUCCCACGGAACCCACCUCCUAAACUGAAGUCCAAGAAAUGGUCAAAAAAGUUCAUUGACUUCAUCGAGGGCUGUCUUGUGAAGUCCUAUCCGAGUCGUCCAUCCACAGAACAGCUGCUGAAGCACUCGUUCAUCAGAGACCAGCCAACUGAGAGACAAGUCCGCAUCCAGCUCAAAGAUCACAUUGACCGCACUCGCAAGAAACGCGGUGAAAAGGAGGAGACCGAGUAUGAGUACAGCGGUAGUGAUGAAGAGGAUGAGAACAGAGGAGAUGAGAGAGAAUCCAGCUCUAUUUUGAAUGUUCCUGGUGAGUCGACGUUGCGGAGGGAUUUCCUGCGGCUGCAGCAGGAGAAUAAGGAGCGCUCAGAGGCCUUAAAGAGACAGCAGGCGCAGCUCGCUGCUCAGCGCAGAGACCCUGAGGAGCACAAACGCCAGCUGCUGCAUGACCGGCAGAAGCGGAUAGAGGAGCAGAAAGAACAGAGGCGUCGCUUGGAGGAGCAACAGAGAAAGGAGAGAGAUAUGGUGCGGCAGCAACAGGAUAAAGCUCCUCACCGGAGACUCGAUGACAUGAGACGAGAGGAGGACAGGAGGAUGGCAGAGAGAGAGCAGGAGUUUAUAAGACAUAAGUUGGAGGAAGAGCAGCGGCAGUUAGAGAUACUGCAGCAGCAGUUACUUCAGGAGCAGGCAUUGCUCAUGGAGUAUAAACGUAAACAGCUGGAGGAGCAGAGACAGUCAGAAAGACUUCAGAGACAGCUGCAGCAGGAGCAUGCAUACCUUGUCUCACUCCAGCAGCAACAGCAGCAACAAGACAAGAAACCACAGAUGUACCACUACAGCAAGAACCUAGAGAACAACAAACCAUCCUGGGCUAGAGAGGUUGAGGAGCGCAGUAAACUGAACAGACAGGGCUCUCCUAAAAUCUGCACUACAGUGUCUGACACCAAUAUCCAGUCGCGUUCAGAAUCAAUCAGCCAAUCAGGAGCCGCACAGACCCCACCUAUGCAGAGACCUGUGGAACCACAGGGUGGGCAGGGAAAGUUCCAGAUGGCGCACCUGGUGCCGUUAAAACCGUAUGCCGCUCCUGUCCCUCGCUCUCAGUCUCUUUGCGAUCAGCCCACUAAGACCAUGUCCGCCUUCCCCACCCAGGAUCCCUCUCCCACACCCACAGCUCGUCCUCUACACUCCAGAGAACUAGUCCGUCAAAACUCUGACCCCACCUCAGAGACCCCUGCCCCUCAGUCUCGGCCAAUGAGGGAUGACCGGGGACCCUGGAUCCGUCUUCCUGAGAUUGAACAACCUCCUAAAAUUCCCCAGAGAACAGCCUCCAUAGCCACUGCACUGAACACAAAUCUCUCCUCCGGCAUCAGACACCCAGUUCGAGCAAGUAAUCCUGAUCUGAGUCGCAAUGAGCGCUGGGAGAGAGGAGAUAGCAUGAGCAUCAUGUCCAAUCUGCCACAGACCGGCUCUCUAGAACGACACCGCAUACUCAGCUCAUCCAAGAUGGAUUCCUCCCCCACCCUUUCUCAUGAAGGCCGACACAAACCAGGAGAAUCCCGAACCUCAUCCAGACCCAGCAGACCAGCGAGCUAUAAGAGAGCAAUAGGAGAGGACCAUGGUCUGUACUCUAAGGAGCGGGCAGAGGAGCAGCCACGGCCCCCAGUGAAGGCUAAUGAUUACUCCUCUUCCUCAGAAAGCAGUGAGAGCAGUGAAGAGAGUGAGAGUGGAGAGGGAGCAGAAGAGGAAAGCCCUACUGACCGCCCACGUGAUGCAGAUUCUGACUCUGUUAACACAAUGGUGGUCCACGAGGAGGUGGAAGGUGAAGGAGGAGACGAAGAACGUGCCGGAGGAUAUGGAGACCAAACCAUGCUUGUACAGAGGACUCCAGAGAAGCGUAGUCAUAAUGGAUACACCAACCUGCCUGAUGUGGUUCAGCCCUCCCACUCUCCCACAGACUCUGCCUCCCACUCUUCUCCUGGGAAAGACUCUACCUGUGAUUACCAGUCCAGGGGAUUGGUGAAGGCCUCUGGAAAGUCCUCUUUUACUACCUUUGUGGACCUUGGAAUGUACCAACCAUCAGGGGGCACAGGCGAUAACAUGUCUGGUGGAGGUCUGGGCUCUCGCUUUGAACAAUUGAAGCUGGAGGUGAGGAAAGGGUCCAUGGUCAAUGUCAAUCCCACCAACAUUCGUCCAGUUAGUGACACUCCUGAAAUCCGCAAAUACAAGAAGAGAUUCAACUCUGAGAUCCUCUGUGCUGCUCUCUGGGGUGUGAAUCUGCUGGUAGGGACAGAGAACGGUCUGAAGCUGCUGGAUCGAAGUGGCCAAGGGAAAGUUUAUCCAUUGAUCAACUCACGCAGGUUUCAACAGAUGGAUGUUCUGGAGGGACUGAACCUCCUCAUCACUAUAUCAGGGAAGAAGAAUAAGGUGCGUGUGUAUUAUCUAGCCUGGCUGAGGAAUAAAAUCCUCCAUAAUGACCCAGAGGUGGAGAAGAAACAGGGCUGGACCACUGUAGGAGAAAUGGAGGGCUGUGUGCACUACAAAGUUGUGAAAUAUGAAAGGAUUAAGUUUCUGGUUAUCGCUAUGAAGAAUGCUGUGGAGGUUUACGCCUGGGCUCCCAAACCUUACCACAAAUUCAUGGCCUUCAAGUCAUUUGGAGACCUGCCACACAGGCCUCUGUUGGUUGACCUCACAGUGGAAGAGGGUCAGAGGUUAAAGGUCAUCUAUGGGUCAAGUGCCGGCUUCCAUGCCAUUGAUGUUGACUCUGGAAACAACUAUGACAUCUACAUUCCUGUACACAUCCAGUCACAGGUGACUCCUCACGCCAUCGUAUUCCUGCCCAAUUCAGAUGGGAUGGAGAUGCUGUUGUGUUAUGAGGAUGAGGGUGUUUACGUCAACACGUAUGGGCGCAUCAUUAAAGAUGUGGUGCUGCAGUGGGGAGAAAUGCCCACUUCUGUGGCCCACAUCUGCUCUAAUCAGAUUAUGGGAUGGGGAGAGAAAGCCAUAGAGAUCCGUUCUGUUGAGACGGGACACCUGGAUGGAGUCUUCAUGCACAAGAGAGCUCAGAGGCUCAAGUUCCUAUGUGAAAGAAAUGACAAGGUGUUUUUUGCGUCGGUGCGUUCUGGUGGCAGCAGUCAAGUCUACUUUAUGACCCUCAACAGAAACUGCAUUAUGAACUGGUGAAAGAGCUGCCACAUGAACAUAGAUUCUGCUGUGUGCACACUGGCAAACACUGAAGAGAUAGUCCUCACACACAACAUCAUCCACAGACACAUUCUCACACUCUGUAAAUACACACACACAAACACACUCCUGCACAAACUUACAUAUAGAACAGAGUUAUUUACUUCAUAUCUUCCUGAAGACACUCCUUCACCAUUCUCCUGUGAUCUCUGAGCCAACUGUACAAGGCACGCGUGUCUGCCGUGAGCGCGCUGUUGACCUCUGACAGAGCAAUGUUGUGUUCAUCUGAUUCCACAUGGGUUAGCUUUCAGCUCACUGGGGCCAACGAUCCUCACUGCUAAUAUUUCUGACCUUUCUAAGACCAGACAACAAGACUAACUGUACAUUAUUCUACUAGAAAUGCGUGUAAACUAUGAGAAUCGUUUAACUGUCAUGCGUCUUGUGACGCAGCAUUAGCGUGCGUGCGUGUGAGACUUUAUAAGCUACUUUGAGCAGCAGAAACCACUCGAGGUGGUACUGCAACAUCUGUAAUUUUCCAUUUUAACUGUAGAGUGUAGUAGUCAUUUGUUUCCUGGUUGCAUUCAGAGUUUCAGAUAAAAGUGAUAUAAUGUUUUCUUUCAACAUGUAGAAGUUUAGAAAUUGAUUUAGAAAUAGGAGUUAACAUUCUGAAAUGGCUUCCCUUCUGAGCAAGGGAAGGUUUUUUCGCUUUCUUGAUGUAUAAACAAUAAUCUGAA